AUGCCGCAACAGCAACAAGCUAGCAUUCUGCCUUCGGCCGAAAUGCCAAUGCCCGGAGGGGCAAUGCAAUACCGGCUACUUCGAGCAUUGGACGACAACAUGUCGCUCUACGAAUUGUCUCUGGAGCUCGCCAAGAUUGGCCGCGAGUUCCCCAAGGAUCCUGUCCUCAUCGCCAACCACGUCAGGAUUGGCCCUACGGCCCUGGCCCUGUGGACGGAUUCCGGCCGCAAAUGGGAAAUGUUCAUGCUUCUACUCAGCAUGCACAGGUCCACGAUCCGCGCCAUCAUCCUCGGCACCGUUGCCUACGAGGCAUGCCACGGUCGCCUCGAAACGUACCCAAACCCUGCAUUCAACGAAGACCAUGCUCAGGGCGUCUACGUCGUAGGCCUGCGAAGAAUUGGCGCCGGCGGCAAGUUCCUCACCGUCAACGAGCUGCGCAGACUAAUCACGGGCCUAGAGAGGUACAUUGAGGGCUGCCGCGUGCUGUGGAACGUCACGACCCCGUCGCAGCGCACCGCGCGCCAGUCCGAACUGGCCCAAUGGGUUGCAAUGGUGGACGGCAUGUAUUCCACUGCCUCGAAAUCCCUUCGCCCGAUUGCCCUCGCGUACCCCACAGAGGCCAGAUUCAUCGAGGGCCCGCCAGACACACGGUCCGUCCAGGCCUUUAUUACUUCGCUUCGCAAAAGGCUGCCGGCCGAUGCAAGCGCUGCCGUCGACCCGGACGUUCGCCACGUCCAGAGUCCCCUCUACGUCGGGUGCUCCCGAAGACUCAAUAAUAGGCUCGCAAACUACCGCAAGACGCAGCACUUCUCGUCUGUAAACCGGUCGCUCGGUCUGACGGUAAGCGUCCUCGCCGCCCUCGGAUUCCACGUAGACUUGUCCGUGCAUGUUGUUCUCCGCACCUGGAAGGCCAGCCAGCUGCGUACGGCAGAGCAGCUUGUCGUCACACUGGCCGGGUCGCUGGUCCACCAGACCGGAUUCAACUCGAUCCCUGGCGGCGAUAAUGCCGGAUCCGACGCUGGCAUGGCCCAGGCCGAAGACCUUGUUCUCGGCUGCCCCAACGGUCCGCUACAGGACAACAUAAUCAGCUGCCGCGCCGAUCGCGAGCAACGACUGCGGUUCGAGGCAACGCUCGAAAGACUCGACUCGGGCAUCGCGAGGAUAAAUGCCGUCACUCGAGAAUGCGACUCCAUCAUUGAGCGCUUGCAGCCGUACAUGUCAAUACCGGCCGCCGACCUUGAACGGUCCAUAGAAGCUGAUAUAGAAGCUCUCGACCAAAAGCUAGACCAAGUACGGCUCGCCGAGAGCUGGGCAGAAGCGCUACUGCGAGCGUACAAAUACGCAGCUCCAGAGCUUUGCCAGAGUAUUGACGAUGAAAUGGAGGAUAUUGAUUAG